AUGAAUGGUCAGUCUCAGAAAGGGUCGUCCCAUGUGAGUCUAUGGGGCCAGAAGGCCAAUCUCAUGGGGCAGCCCUGCUACUGGCAGCUGAGCGGCCGGUGCUCGGUGCCUGACCUGGAGGCCCUGACGGUGUGCGUCACACUGCAGCGGGAGGUGGGCACGUCCGAGUGGACCGCAUUCGACUACAAGGAGCGCGGCCAUCGGGGCGUGGAACUGGGCCUGACCGGCACCAGAACCCAGCUGCGAGUCUGGCUCUUUGGCCAGGAGCACCAGGUGAACAUGACGGAAAACUACCCGCUGCACCAGUGGCACACCGUCUGCCUCACCUGGUCAGCCAAAUCUGGACACCUGCGACUGUACGGCAAUGGCAGCCGCGUUGCUGAGGUCCCGGUCAAUGGGCCUCGAUUGGCUGGGAAGGGUACGUUGACGCUGGGGGUGUCCCAUACCAUGCUGGACGGGGUCAUGGCAUAUGAGACGGGCAAGGAGCUGAUGGGGUUUGCGACGCUGUUCCGCAUGUGGGGGCGAGAGUUUAGCGAGACGGAGCUGAAGGAGCUUCGGUGUGUGGACGGGGACGUGGUGAGCUGGAACCAACUGCACUGGGACCUGAAAGGCACCUACUGUCAACCGCCGUCAGACUCCGGCCUUACUUGUGGGGAAAAGUACAUCAAGUUUGCUUGUCUGGUCUAUGUGGAGGUGACUCCCAUAGCUGAUGUGUUGGUGGUCCACAAUGAGAUCCGUGAGCGGCUGAGGUCAAAGUUCUACCAUGACGGUGUGGAGGUGAAGGCUGACCAAGCGUCCAUAAUGGUCUUUUCCAUCGAUCCAGGCUUCUGUCCUGAUAACCUCCAGCAGACCCUGUACGGCCUGUACGAAUGGCCCAGGACGGAGCCCCAGGACCGGGCUGUCCUCCUCUGCGAGAAGAACAGCAGAGAGCGGACCACCAGGUUCUGUAAACUGGAUGGCAAGACUGACAAAGCCAAAUGGGAACGCCCAGAUCUGAGCCUUUGUGAAAGGACUAUAGACAUCAAUGACUUGGAGAAUGUCACUGUCACUGCAAAUAACUCUGGGGAGAUAGUGGACAUGAUUGGUGGUCUGGUGGGUAACGGCUCAGAGCUCAGUGACUCUCAGCUGGACACGGUGUUGGACAAGCUGGGGGAGGUGGUGAAUGUCGGCCCGGUGUCUCCAGGAGUGGCCGAGAACAUAGUGGAGAUCAUCUCAGACGUCCUGCAGUCCAAGGCUGACCUGGCCUCCUUCACCAAUGAGAUCCUGGGUCUGACGGACAGUGUUGGUGAUACGAUGAACUUCACGGGUGAGGCCCACGGCAUGACGGCCCCGUCUCUGGCCCUGCAGCUGGUCUCCGUUAACGCUAGUCGCUUCCUGGGGCUCACGUUCGGGGUGUCCUCCUUCACAAGCAACAACUCUCCAGAGAUCUUCAUGAAUGAGACGUUCGUGGAGAGGCCUCAUGGUGCGGUGGCGGCCAUCUCGCUCCCCUCUGUCCUGGAGAGCUUCUUCCCCCGCAACAACACCAACAACACCAGGACACGCAUACAGUUCCAGUUCUACAACUCCACAGUCCUCUUCAAGAACCCCUCCGACACUAUGCAACUAAACUCCUACGUGGUGUCUGCCAGCAUGACCGAUGCCAACGUCAGCAACCUACAGCAGCCAAUCAUCAUCACUCUUCGUCACCUCAACAGUGUGAAGGGGAAAGACCAAUCAGUUCAGUGUGUCUAUUGGGACUUCACCAAAAAUGGUGGAGGGGGCUGGGAAAGCCGAGGGUGUAAGGUGAAGAGUGAGUGCUCUGAUGCCUUCCAGACCACAUGCCACUGUGACCACCUGACCCAUUUCGGAGUGCUAUUGGAUAUAUCCAAAGAGGAGAUCAGUGCUGAAGAUGAAGUCAUCCUCACCAUCAUCUCCUACCUGGGCUGCGGCCUGUCCUCCAUCUUCUUAGGCAUCACCCUGCUGACCUAUAUAGCCUUCGAGAAACUACGUCAGGACUACCCGUCCAAGAUCCUGAUCAACCUCUCGCUGGCCCUGCUGGGCCUGAACCUGGUCUUCCUGGUCAAUUCCUGGUUCUCCUCGCUGGGCAACCGGGGCGUGUGUGUGGGCGUGGCGGCCGCACAGCACUUCUUCGUGCUGGCCUCCUUCACCUGGAUGGGCCUGGAAGCCCUGCACAUGUACUUUGCCCUGGUCAAGGUCUUCAACACCUACGUGCCCUCCUACAUCCUCAAGUUCUGCCUGCUCGGAUGGGGCAUACCUGCUGCGAUCGUCACCCUUGUCCUGGCCAUAGAUACAAAUAUUUAUGGCAGUGCAGUAGAUGAUGAUCCAUCUAAAGACCCUCUCAAAGACUCCUCACCAUUCUGCUGGGUGCAGGAUGAGACGGCAUUCUACGUGUCGGUCAUGGCCUUCAUCCUGCUGGUGCUGCUGUGUAACAUCGCCGUGUUCGGGGUGGUACUGGUCCAGAUCCGCAAGAUGCAGGCCAACAAGGCCUCCAGCAACAGCAGUGGGCUGAUGCAUGACCUGCGUGUGGUGGCCAGCCUGACCUUCCUGCUGGGGCUGACCUGGAUCCUGCCCUUCUUCGGCUGGGGCCCGCUGCACACACCCUUCAUGUACCUCUUCUCCAUCCUCAACAGCCUUCAAGGCUUCUUCAUCUUCAUCUUCCAUUGUCUGAUGAAGGAGAAUGUUCAGAAGCAGUGGAGGCUCCACCUCUGCUGUGGAUCUCUCAGACCUGGGGACUACUCAGAAUGGAGCCGCUCUAUGACCGGAGCUGGCCGAGGUGGGCACAGCCGGCUGGUGAAUUUCCCGUCCAUCAAAACAGAGGACACCAGCUCCAUGAGGAAGAUCUCUGAUUCGUCCGCUUCAGGUGCCAGUCAAAUAAACGCAUAACCUAUCAAGACCCUCCCACUAUACAGCCAUUUGAACAUUAUUUAUCAUUUCCAGACUGUGCACAGCAUCACAGCAUGUGAACUCCUGUUAUAGGCUGCAGUCUGAUAUUUCUGGAACCAACUGC